AUGCCUCAGGAUGAUGACUUAUUCGAAGACAUCCUCAAUCUCGAGGAGCAAUACUACAAGGAAGGGUGGGACGAGGGCUACAAGGACGGCGCGGAAGCAGGCCGGAUAGAGGGGCGCUCCGUCGGCAUAAAGAAGGGGUUUGAGAAGUUUCUCGAGGCCGGCCGGUUACAGGGCAAAGCCAUAGUGUGGGCCAAUCGGAUACCCAAUCUGCAAAAACAGCAUGCGCCAAACAGCAAUGCGCCCCAACAAUUAUCACAAUCACAAGAGCGCUCAUCUAAUUCUCCGAGUGAGGAGAGCGCUGAGCCGCCAAAGAGGCUACCACCUCUCAACAGCAACUCGCGGCUAGAGAAGAACGUUACCAUGCUAUACGGCUUAGUAGAGCCUGGAACAUUAUCAACUAAAAACGACGAUGAAUCUGUCAAUGACUUCGACAGCCGGCUAAAAGGCGCGCAGGGGAGACUGAAGAUGAUCGAGAGGGCCGUGGGAGAGGGGACCGAGAAAGGGGCGACAGAUAAUAAGCACCGGAACCGACCGGCACCGCCAUCUCAAAAGAACGAGAAUAUCGAGGACAUGGGGAGGAUACCGCAGAAGAAGGAUGAGACGAGGGGUAAGGGCUAG